AUGCCCGUUACCAUCAUGAAAGCACGUGAAAUAUUUCAAAUAUAUCAAAGGCUUCUGAACAGAAGACCUUAUUUAGUACAAGCUAUACAAACAGGAACAUUAAUGGGAGCUGGAGAUCUUAUAUCACAGACUUUUAUUGAAAAGAAAUCAUUCAGAGAUGCUGAUUAUGCUAGAACUAUAAAAUUUUCUUCCAUAGGCUUCUGUUUUGGAGGCCCUGCGCUAAGGGUAUGGUAUGGAUUGUUAAAUAGACAUGUUGGAUCUACUGGUAAAACUGUUGCACUCAAAAAAGUUUUUAUAGACCAAGCCGUAUUUGCUCCAACCUUCCUUUUUUUCCUGUUAGUUGGAUUAGGUGCAUUACAAGGGAAGUCAUGGGAUUUAAUAGAGAAUGAUAUUAACACCAAUUACAUUGAUAUCCUUAAAACAAAUUAUUAUGUUUGGCCUUGGGUUCAGAUAGUUAAUUUUUAUUAUGUACCACUUCAGUAUCAAGUGCUUCUUGUACAAGGUAUUGCUUUAUUCUGGAAUACUUAUUUGUCUUAUAAGACAAACCGAACAAAACUAUCACAAUAA